CCAAGGCUAAACUUUCUAAUUCCCUUCUUUGGGCUCGGGGGCUGCCAGGACCGGCAGGAACGCUCGCACAGUGGGAAACGAAGACGCGAAGAAGAAAAGGCAGGCAGUUUGGCUGGGGUGUUUCCCUUCCUCGGCGGCGUCCCCUCGGCUGUAGGGACUGGAUAUGGGGCUGCUCCAGGUGUUCGCCUUCAGUUUCUUAGCCUUGUGCGGAACCCAAGUGCGCACUCAAGAACCGGAGUUCAGCUAUGGUUGCGCUGAAGGCAGCUGUUACCCCGCCACCGGUGACCUUCUCAUAGGCCGAGCUCAGAAACUCUCAGUGACCUCCACGUGCGGACUGCACAAACCGGAACCCUACUGUAUUGUCAGCCACCUACAGGAGGACAAAAAAUGCUUUAUAUGUGAUUCCCAAGAUCCUUAUCAUGAGACCCUCAACCCUGACAGCCAUCUCAUUGAAAAUGUGGUCACUACAUUUGCUCCAAACCGCCUCAAGAUUUGGUGGCAAUCCGAAAAUGGUGUGGAAAAUGUAACUAUCCAACUGGAUUUGGAAGCAGAAUUCCAUUUUACUCAUCUCAUAAUGACUUUCAAGACAUUCCGUCCGGCUGCUAUGCUGAUAGAGCGAUCGUCUGACUUUGGUAAAACAUGGGGUGUGUACAGAUACUUCGCCUAUGACUGUGAGAGCUCGUUCCCAGGCAUCUCAACUGGUCCCAUGAAAAAAGUCGAUGAUAUAAUUUGUGAUUCCCGAUAUUCUGACAUUGAACCCUCGACAGAAGGAGAGGUGAUAUUUCGUGCUUUAGAUCCUGCAUUCAAAAUAGAAGAUCCUUAUAGCCCGAGGAUACAGAAUCUAUUAAAAAUCACCAACUUGAGAAUCAAGUUUGUGAAACUGCAUACUUUGGGAGAUAACCUUUUGGAUUCCAGAAUGGAAAUCAGGGAAAAGUACUACUAUGCUGUUUAUGAUAUGGUGGUCCGAGGAAAUUGCUUCUGCUACGGMCACGCCAGUGAAUGUGCCCCUGUGGAUGGAUUCAGUGAAGACGUGGAAGGAAUGGUCCAUGGACACUGCAUGUGCAGGCAUAAUACAAAGGGCUUAAACUGUGAACUGUGCAUGGAUUUCUACCAUGAUUUGCCCUGGAGACCUGCUGAAGGUCGGAACAGCAAUGCCUGUAAAAAGUGUAACUGCAAUGAACAUUCCAGCUCAUGCCACUUUGACAUGGCCGUCUUCCUGGCCACUGGGAAUGUCAGCGGGGGAGUGUGUGAUGAUUGUCAGCACAACACCAUGGGACGAAACUGUGAGCAGUGCAAACCGUUUUACUACCAGCACCCGGAGAGGGAUAUCCGAGAUCCUAAUCUCUGCGAAAAAUGUACAUGUGACCCAGCAGGUUCUCAGAAUGGGGGAAUCUGUGACAGUUACACUGAUUUUUCUGCUGGUCUCAUUGCUGGUCAGUGUCGGUGUAAAUUGCAYGUGGAAGGAGAACAUUGUGAUAUUUGCAAAGAAGGCUUCUAUGACUUAAGUGCUGAAGAUCCAUUUGGUUGUAAAUCUUGUGCUUGCAACCCUCUGGGAACGAUUCCUGGCGGAAAUCCUUGUGAUUCUGAGACUGGUUACUGCUACUGUAAGCGUCUGGUGACAGGACAGCAUUGUGACCAGUGUCUGCCACAGCACUGGGGCUUGAGCAACGAUCUGGACGGCUGUCGACCUUGUGACUGUGACUUUGGGGGAGCAUUCAACAACAGUUGCUCUGCGGAGUCGGGCCAGUGCUCCUGUCGACCUCACAUGAUCGGAAGGCAGUGUGACGGGGUGGAAUCUGGGUACUACUUUACCACCUUGGAUCACUACCUCUAUGAAGCAGAGGAAGCCAGUUUGGGGCCUGGAGUCAGUGUGGUGGAACGGCAGUACAUCCCAGACCGGAUUCCAUCCUGGACUGGAGCUGGCUUUGUCCGAGUGCCCGAGGGGGCUUAUUUGGAGUUCUUCAUUGACAACAUACCAUAUUCCAUGGAGUAUGACAUCCUAAUUCGCUAUGAGCCACAGCUUCCCGAUCACUGGGAAAAAGCUGUCAUCACAGUGCAGCGACCUGGGAAGAUUCCAACCAGCAGCCGAUGUGGUAACACUGUUCCUGAUGAUGACAACCAGGUGGUGUCAUUAUCGCCAGGCUCAAGAUAUGUUGUCCUUCCCCGCCCCGUGUGCUUUGAGAAGGGUAUGAACUACACGGUGAGGCUGGAGCUGCCCCAGUACACUUCUUCUGAUACUGACGUGGAGAGCCCCUACACRCUCAUUGACUCGCUUGUUCUCAUGCCUUAUUGUAAAUCGCURGACAUUUUCACCACGGGAGGCUCAGGAGAUGGGGUCACCAACAGUGUCUGGGACACCUUUCAGAGAUACCGGUGUCUGGAGAACAGCAGAAGUGUUGUGAAGACACCAAUGACUGAUGUCUGCAGAAACAUCAUCUUUAGCAUUUCUGCCCUGUUACAUCAAAUGGGCCUGGCUUGCGAAUGUGACCCUCAGGGCUCCUUGAGUUCUGUGUGUGACCCCAGCGGAGGCCAGUGCCAGUGUCGGCCAAACGUGGUUGGAAGAACCUGUGACAGGUGUGCGCCUGGAACCUUUGGCUUUGGCCCCAGCGGAUGCAAACCUUGUGACUGCCACCCUCAAGGAUCCGUCAAUGCCUUCUGCGAUGCGAUCACUGGCCAGUGCCACUGUUUCCACGGGGUGUAUGCUCGGCAGUGUGACCAGUGUUUACCUGGGUACUGGGGCUUUCCAAGUUGCCAGCCCUGCCAGUGCAACGGGCAUGCCGAUGACUGUGACUCAGUAACCGGGGAGUGCUUGGGCUGCCAGGACUACACCACAGGCCACAACUGUGAGAGGUGCUUGGCUGGUUACUAUGGCGACCCCAUCAUUGGGUCAGGAGAUCACUGCCGCCCUUGCCCUUGCCCAGAUGGUCCUGGCAGUGGACGCCAGUUUGCCAGGAGCUGUUACCAAGAUCCUGUGACUCUACAGCUUGCCUGUGUUUGUGAUCCUGGGUACAUUGGCUCCAGAUGUGAGGACUGUGCCUCAGGAUACUUUGGCAAUCCCUCCAAUGUUGGGGGGUCCUGUCAGCCUUGCCAGUGUCACCACAACAUUGACACAACAGACCCAGAAGCUUGUGACAAGGAGACUGGAAGGUGUCUCAAGUGCCUGUACCAUACGGAAGGGGACCAUUGCCAGUUCUGCCGAUUUGGGUACUAUGGUGAUGCCCUCCGGCAGGACUGUAGAAAGUGUGUCUGCAAUUACCUGGGCACCGUGCAGGAGCACUGUAAUGGGUCUGACUGUCAGUGUGACAAAGCCACUGGUCAAUGCUUGUGUCUUCCUAAUGUGAUCGGGCAGAACUGUGACCGCUGUGCGCCCAAUACCUGGCAGCUGGCCAGUGGGACUGGGUGUGACCCAUGUGACUGUAAUUCUGCACAUUCCUUCGGACCAUCUUGUAAUGAGUUCACAGGGCAGUGCCAGUGCAUGCCGGGAUUUGGAGGCCGUACCUGCAGCGAGUGUCAGGAGCUCUUCUGGGGAGAUCCCGACGUGGAAUGCCGAGCCUGUGACUGUGACCCCAGGGGCAUUGAGACACCACAGUGUGACCAGUCCACAGGCCAGUGUGUGUGUGUGGAGGGUGUCGAGGGUCCACGCUGUGACAAGUGUACACGCGGGUACUCAGGAGUCUUCCCCGACUGCAYACCCUGCCACCAGUGCUUUGCUCUCUGGGACGUGAUCAUCUCUGAGCUGACCAACAGGACCCACAAGUUCCUGGAGAAAGCCAAAGCCUUGAAGAUCAGUGGUGUAAUUGGACCUUACAGGGAGACUGUGGACUCAGUGGAGAAGAAAAUCAACGAGAUAAAAGACAUCCUGGCCCAGAGCCCAGCAGCAGAGCCACUGAAAAACAUCGGGAAUCUCUUUGAGGAAGCAGAGAAACUAACCAAAGAUGUUACAGAAAAGAUGGCUCAAGUAGAAGUAAAAUUAUCUAACACAGCUUCACAAAGCAACAGCACAGCCAAAGAACUGGAUUCCCUACAGGCAGAAGCCGAGAGCCUCGACAAUACUGUGAAAGAACUUGCUGAACAACUGGAAUUUAUCAAAAACUCAGAUAUUAGGGGUGCCUUGGAUAGUAUUACCAAGUAUUUCCAGACCUCUCUUGAUGCAGAAGAGAGGGUGAAUGCCUCCACCACAGAUCCCAAUAGCACUGUGGAACAGUCCGCUCUCACCCGGGACAAAGUAGAAGACCUGAUGUUGGAGAGAGAAUCCCAGUUCAGGGAAAAACAAGAAGAACAGGCUCGCCUUCUGGAUGAACUGGCAGGCAAACUACAAAGUCUAGACCUUUCAGCUGCUGCUAAAAUGACAUGUGGGACGCCUCCAGGGGCUGAUUGUUCUGAGACUGAAUGUGGUGGCCCCAACUGCAGAACUGAUGAAGGACAGAAGAAGUGUGGGGGGCCUGGCUGUGGUGGUCUGGUCACUGUUGCCCACAGUGCCUGGCAGAAAGCUAUGGACUUUGACCGAGAUGUCCUGAGUGCCCUGGCUGAAGUGGAACAACUCUCCAAAAUGGUCUCUGAAGCAAAACUGAGGGCAGAUGAGGCAAAACAGAAUGCUCAGGAUGUUCUGUUGAAAACAAAUGCUACCAAAGAAAAAGUAGACAAGAGCAAUGAGGAUCUGAGAAAUCUGAUCAAGCAAAUCAGAAACUUUUUGACUGAGGAUAGUGCCGAUUUGGACAGCAUUGAAGCUGUUGCUAAUGAAGUACUGAAAAUGGAAAUGCCUAGCACCCCACAGCAGUUACAGAACUUGACAGAAGACAUCCGUGAACGAGUUGAAAGCCUUUCUCAAGUAGAGGUUAUUCUACAGCAGAGUGCUGCUGACAUUGCCAGAGCUGAAAUGUUGUUAGAAGAAGCUAAGAGAGCCAGCAAAAGUGCAACAGAUGUUAAAAUCACAGCAGAUAUGGUAAAGGAAGCUCUGGAGGAAGCAGAAAAGGCCCAAAUUGCAGCAGAGAAGGCAAUUAAACAAGCAGAUGAAGAUAUCCAAGGAACCCAGAACCUGUUAACUUCAAUCGAAUCUGAAACAGCAGCUUCCGAGGAAACACUGUCCAAUGCCUCCCARCGCCUCAGUGAACUAGAAAAGAACGUGGUAGAACUUAAACGGAAGGCUGCCCAUAACUCUGAGGAGGCAGAAUACAUUGAAAAAGUAGUAUAUACUGUAAAACAAAGUGCAGAAGAUGUUAARAAGACUCUGGACAGUGAACUUGAUGAAAAGUAUAAGAAAGUAGAAAAUUUAAUUGCCAAAAAAUCUGAAGAGUCGGCUGAUGCCAGAAGGAAAGCUGAAAUGCUACAAAAUGAAGCAAAAACACUUCUGGCUCAAGCAAACAGCAAACUGCAACUACUCAAAGAUUUAGAAAGAAAAUAUGAGGACAAUCAAAAAUACUUAGAAGAUAAAGCUCAAGAAUUAGUGAGACUGGAAGGAGAGGUCCGUUCACUCCUUAAGGAUAUAAGCCAGAAAGUUGCUGUUUAUAGCACCUGCUUGUAACAAAGAAGAAAAGGCUAUAAGAUGGCUGAGGUGACCAAAGUAAAAUAUAAAAUAGUUACAUUUAAAAAACUGAUAUAAUGAUGUUCAAAAUAAAACUCAUUACCUAUUUAAUGUUUUAAUCACCAAAUUUUGUAUGAAGUUAAAUAAAGUAUGGUGCUUUUAUAUAAACAGUAUAAUUCUUACAUUACAUUUGCUGAUUUAGUGUUCAUAAAUCCUUUUUAACAAAGAAUUUUUUUUCAAUGUAAAGAUGAAUUUAUAAAAGCUUACUGCCUCCUUGAAGACCCAAAUUUGUUAUAUCUUUAAAUAAGCUCUAUUACCCAUCUUGUCUUGUCACCAUCUUCCAAAAAUCUACCCCUUAAAAAAUCACUUCCAGGUUGGAUUCCCAGGUAGAAAUUGAGGAGGGAUAGCGCCUAAGAAGCCUUCACUGUUCAGUGACUGCUUAGUUGCUCCAAUCUCCAGCUCUUGCAAGUAUACUUUGCUCUAGGAAUGUGUACAAAAGCAAUUUCUGUAAUUGUGGUUUAUAAGUUUUACCACUUAGAAUCAGGCCACAGUUUACAGUUUACUGCUUUUUGCCUUCAGAGCAAUGCUACUAUUAAUUAUAAAGUUAAGUCACUACAGUAUAAUUGCCAAGACAGKGUCAAUUAUGUAGCUGAAUUAACUAGAUUACAGCCCAGCUACUAUCUUCUUAUACCAARACUAUGCAUUCAUAUAUCCAGCACAACUGCAUCUGAAAUCAGGCCUAGGUAAGUUAUGUGAACAGCUGGAAUUUAGACAACAAGUCAAUGUCCCUCUAGUCUAAGGCAAUUAUUUGUAACUUUUUUUGAAUUCUAAUAACAAAGUGGUAGUAUCUUACCAUUAGAGCAACUAUUAUUUUUUUCUUAAAUAGCAAAAACCAUCUCUGUUCCCCAUGCCUUUUCAGUUAAAAUUAAAAAGCUUUCACUUUAUAAUAAUUUUAAACUUAAGCUCACUCUUCACAGGCCCUCAUAAUACUGAAAACUAAGUCGCUAACAGUAAGUGAACAUUUAAACAUUGAUUCUAGGACUUUAUUCCCCACCUCAUACUGAAUGGAACCUCUAAGAUGGGUUUAUUAUAUUUCAUUCAAUUUCUUAACUACAAAUUUUCCCUGAAAUUUAAAUAAACUAGCAUCAAAAUAUUGAGAUUUUUUUUUAAGAUGAAGGUCACUUGCAAUAAUAGCAAAGUAAACUAUCACAACAACUCUUCUACUACUAACAACUGCAAACUCUGAACAAGAUAUAUUUAAUAAAAACUGUAAAGGCACUGGAGAGCAACCAAAACAGAUGGGAAGCUAGGUGAGUUGACACUAAAGCAGGAAACAAAAACUGACUGAAUGUCCCRUUUUAAAAAGCUGUCACUUGAGGAAAGCAAAAAGCAAGUUUCUUUGUUAGAGAAUCAGAAGACAAUUUGGGGCAACCCCAACAGCUGGAAUAUGAAGGGGAAAGUCUCAAGGAAAGUAAAGACCCCCUUGGCCCAAUUCCUAGCUAGUUUUUAAACUAUAUAUAUUCAGGCAGCUCAAAUAAAGCUAAAACACUAGAAAUUUUAGCAGUUCCCCUACCCAACAAAAGUAUGAAGUUUAYGUCAACUGCCCAAUUAAUUUUUUUUCAAUAUUUUUCAGAGUUAUAUAAGAGAAGCCGGUCUUUAUAGUACACCAGUCAUGACUAUAAUAUAAUCCCUAAGAUCACUAAACACAAUAAAGGAAAAUGUGAACCAUAUAAUGUAAUUAAAGACUAAUAAACUUUUCAUUUUAGCUACAAUCAACUGACUGUAAUCAAUCUCCAAACUUUCCUAAAAACUAUAACCUUUAGAUUGCAAUCCAGUGAAUAUCUAGUUUCCCUAUUGCUAAUAUUUUAAAUUUUUAUGUUCCUUUUUAGAAGUCUCUGCAAUCUAUA